AUGGAAUUAAACAAAAGUUUCAACUAAAAUUUAUAAAGAAUUUAAGUUAUUUAUUCAAAGAGGCAUUUAAAUACAUAGAAUCCAUUUUUGUAAUUUCCAAAGAAAAGCAUCUCAAACUAUUAAUUCUAACUACUUAUAAACUAUCCUAAAUGGACAUAAAAAGAGAAUGUUGUCUAUCUAAAGAACUUAAAAAAUAAGUGUUCUGGUAUUUCAGUCAAAAACAUUCUCAUUGCUUAUUAAAUGGAUUAAAUGCCAUUUGAAAUCAAAAAUAUUAGAUAAAUUAAUUAUCUCUCGCUAUCAUACUUAAAUAAUAUCAGUUUGUUACAGUUCUAAAGUAAUUGA